GAGGAGACUUCCGCCCGGUGGUCGCGCGCGACGCCCGGAUAAAAAUGUGAGCAGGUGCGUGCUCGGCCUAAUAACUUUGGGUUGCGAGUUGGACGCCGACGCCGACGCCGACGCCGAGACCGAGCAGCCGUAGUCAGCAUGUCCGACGCCGAGGCGCAGAGCGCUCCACCUGCGACCCCCGUUGAAGACAAGCCCCAAGCAGAGAGAAAAGUCUUAGCCACCUUGGUUCAAGGGACAGUCAAGUGGUUCAACGUACGUAAUGGCUACGGCUUCAUAAACAGGAAUGACACGAAGGAGGAUGUUUUUGUUCAUCAGACUGCAAUUAAGAAAAAUAACCCGAGAAAGUUCCUGCGGAGCGUUGGUGACGGUGAGUUGGUGGAGUUUGACGUGAUCGAAGCUGUCAAGGGUUCGGAGGCGGCCAAUGUGACUGGCCCAGGCGGGGUGCCAGUCAAGGGCAGUCGCUUCGCACCCAACAAGAGGCGCUUCCAGCGCCGAUUCUUUCCACGGCCCGGCGACAAGCCCGCAGACGGCCAGCCCUCCGGCGGCGAUGAGGAGGGCGGCGUAGAGAACGGCAGACCCCAGCGGCGACGCCAAAGGCCUCCCCGUCCGCGUCCGGAGACACAAAACGGUGAAUCUGGUGAGUCAAAGGGCACAGAAGAUCAAUCAAGACCACAAAGACGUCGGUUCUGGCGGCCAUAUCGCCGACCGUUCCGUCCGCGGCCUGCUUCGGAUCAACCAAAGGCGGAAGGCCCACCCGGGCCACCCCCACCCGAAGAUCAACCGGAAUCAUCUGAAAACGAUGGCGGCAAAGGCCAGAAGCAGCGGCGCCAAUCCAGCCGCCGCCGACAGAGGACCUCCGAGUCGUCAAUGUCGAAAAACAUGACGGAGAAGUCUACCUCGGAAGGCGGUUCCCCUCUGCAGACAUCCAAGGUGGACUUGCAAGUCCAAUCCCAGAAGGAGACUCUUCAAAGUUCACCCAACUUGCCAGAGCAGGUCACCGAAACGGCCGUCCCGGUGCCAACUGAGUGACGUUCCUGAGCAGACGGUCGCGUGAGACCUUCUGGAAGUGGUCCGGAUGAAGUUUGUUUGUUCAGUGUUAAAUGUUAGUUAGACCAAAUGGGUAACGUUUUAUCCAGUUAUUUUUUUUUUUGUGUUGAAGGAUUGCCCCUAUUUGAGAACGUACAGCUCCCCUCCUUGUACACCCCCCCUGCCCCCAAAACCUGCAUUUGCCCCUGUACCCCAUCCCCACUUUCCUCCGUAAGAUGCAGUUGUCAAAACGGGAUGGGUGUCUAAUUUGAUCUUUGCAAGGGCAAAAAAACCAAAAUUGAUACUUGCCCUGUUUCCCUAAUUAAACACUUUAAUUUAAAUUGAUGCAUCAAGUAGUUACCGCAGGAACUAACCUUGAUUUUUAUUUCCCUUUUAAUUUAUUUGAAGAGGGCAGAACAAAGCAGCAGGGCAGGGAUUAGCGACCGCCUGACAAUUCUUAGAGGCUCGUUAUUGAGAUGAGGGUGAAUUAUUUUUUUAUUUUUUUUUUUUGUUAAGUAAAUGUUUGCAAUCAUUAUGCUUAUUUCAGGGCAGAAUGUACACAUGAUUUCCAAUUAAUAUCGACAAAGCAGCUGAAAACGUUGCCCACGCAGGCAAACUGUCUUUUUUCCUGCUUUAAUUGCUAAAGCUCUUGGGUGAAAAUGGUUGUUUGUUGGACUACCCGGAUUUAUCGAACUUUGCCCACAAUUUGUACUUCAGAAUUACCAUGCAUCUUGAAUUUGCCAAGCUAAAACAAGUGAAAUGUUUGAGUUUUUUUUUUUUCUUUUUUUCCUUUUUGUUUUUUAAACUGAUUUAAAGUGCAUAAAUUCCAGGGUGGAAUUGUGAAUAUUUUGUGGAAAUGAGGACGAAAAUGGUUUUGUCGCAAAACACCACACUCCA